AGAUGUUUAUUCACUAGAAUUGACAAACUACACAAUAAUAAUUAUCUUGCUGAUAUUUUCUCCCGUGAUAAAAGCACUAAUAUUUUUGUUGAGUGUCAAAAUGGCUUGUGCACUUAUGUUUGUUUACCUCCUAGUCCUUGGAUGGAUCUACGCCAAUCCCACAACCACCUCAAGAGGUGAAGAACCUAUGAUUAUUGCAAACUCCAAUGAAGAUAUGGGACCAAUUGAGGCCUCAAUUAGAAAGAAAAUUUUACAGCAAUUUCGGCCGAUGUACCUUGAUGUCAUCAAUCAAUCUGUCAUGUAUGGAGAACCUGAGAGUUCAGAGAAGUUUUUCUGCAUUAUUGUUGUGUCAACUGCUUUCACCGGUUCUAAUACAUAUCAGAGGCACUUAUGCAUUAAUGCGCUUAUUCAAGACGAAGUCCUCAAAAACAAAAUUGAUGGUAUUACAAUUGUGGCCAAAACACCUGAUGAAUGGAGACAAACUAAAUACGUUACUCCCAAGCCAGAGGUGAUACCUGACGCUGACGAAUUUGAAAAUGUGCACUAUCCAAUUGCUUGGUAGAGACAGUGUGAAGACUAACUGUAAUCCAAUGGUCCUUAUAGAAAGUUGAGAAGCUACUGUUAAAUGCAAAAUGAAGAAAAUAAAAAACAUACCUUCAAGACAGCACACAAUGAAUUGUGAUAAGGUUUUACCGGUUAUUGAAAUA